AUGGUUUCUGCCCAGAAGAAGAAGGAGCCGGCCACAGCGAUGUGGCCCGCGUGGAUCCGGACCCUCCUCUACUUUUUCUGUUUGGCCACUUGUGUGAAGAAAAUCUCUGGACAGACAAAAAAGGAUGAAAGGAUCUAUCCGGAGAAUUUUACUCGCAUUCUGGACCGACUUCUGGACGGCUACGACAACAGGCUGCGACCGGGAUUCGGGGAAUCCGUGACGGAGGUCAAGACGGACAUUUAUGUGACCAGUUUCGGGCCCGUCUCGGAUGUUGAAAUGGAGUACACGAUGGACGUGUUCUUUCGGCAGACGUGGGUGGACCGGAGGCUGAUGUACGAGGGGUCCAUCGAGAUCCUGCGGCUGAACAACCUGAUGGUGACCAAAGUGUGGACGCCGGACACCUUCUUCAGGAACGGCAAGAAGUCCGUGGCUCACAACAUGACGGCCCCCAACAGGCUCUUCCGCAUCAUGAAGAACGGCACCAUCCUGUACACCAUGAGGUUGACCAUCAGAGCCCAGUGUCCCAUGAAGCUUGUGAACUUCCCCAUGGAUGGACAUGCGUGCCCCCUCAAAUUUGGAAGCUAUGCUUAUCCAAAAACAGAGAUCAUCUACACGUGGACCAAAGGGCCUCAGCAUUCCGUGGUGGUCCCUCCCGAGUCCUCCAGUCUCGUUCAGUACGAUCUCAUCGGACAGACGGUCUCCAGCGAAACCAUUAAAUCCAUCACAGGUGAAUACGUGGUGAUGACGGUCUACUUUCACCUGAAACGUAAAAUGGGCUACUUCAUGAUCCAGACGUACAUCCCCUGCAUCAUGACAGUCAUCCUCUCCCAAGUGUCCUUCUGGAUAAAUAAAGAAUCGGUCCCGGCGCGCACAGUCUUCGGCAUCACCACGGUCCUCACCAUGACGACGCUCAGCAUCAGCGCCCGCCACUCCCUUCCCAAGGUCUCCUACGCCACCGCCAUGGACUGGUUCAUCGCCGUCUGCUUCGCCUUCGUCUUCUCCGCCCUCAUCGAGUUCGCCGCCGUGAACUACUUCACCAACGCGCAGAUGGAGCGCGCCAAGAAGAAGCCGGCCAAGUGUCCCCCGGUGCCCCAAACCACGCCCGUCAAGGUCAAGGACACGGGGGAAGCGCUGCAGAUUCCCGACAGCAACGGCAACCUGAGAAAGCGAAUGAAUUAUAUCUCCCACCAAGAGGCCAGCAGCCACCAGAGAGCCACGUCCACCACCAACAUGUCGGGGGUUGGCCGAGCGAGAGUGCUACGACCUUUGGUCGGCGGGGUCAACGGCGGCUCCUCCGCCCUCUCGCGCUCCGGCCCCAAGUCCGAGAGCCUCCUCAGCGUGGCCUCCUCCUCGGCUCAGCUGGUGAACAUCGCGCCGCCGCAGGCUGCGGCGUCCACGCCGGACGUAAUGGCGGCGACGCCGUGCAAGCAGGACGCCGACUCAUCGUCCCUGCAGCAUCUGCUGGGGCCCAAGCUGGAGCGCAUCCACAUGAUGGGGAACAGGCUGGAGCCCAAGCAGACGCCGUGCUCCCAGCCCACCGCCGCCGGCAUGGGAGGAACCAGCAAAAUUGACAAGUACGCUCGGAUCCUGUUCCCAGUGUCCUUCGGGGCUUUUAACAUGGUCUACUGGGUGGUCUACCUGUCAAAGGACACAAUGGUGGCGACAGGUGGCUAG